AUGAAGCUAAUUGAGAGUAUUACUAAUUAUAUAACAUAUCUCAAUUAUCGUCUCAAAGACAACAGCAUUGAUAGCAUCAUAUGGAUCGUAAACUUAGUUCCUUCAAGAGCGGGUUUUUCUAUUUUAAAGGAUAAAAUCUCUGCACCCUUUUGGAUUUUACAUUUUUCUCUACUGGUGUAUGUGUAUGGGGCUGGAACUGUCAUGUACCAAUUGCGUAUUGCUUCAAGUACCCGAGAUUUUAUCAAAAGUUACGUUAACAUCACUCUUAUAAUAUUGAUCGUUAACAAUAGUUACUGGUAUAUCAAAGAAAGACCUCUCUUGAGAACAGUUCUAAAGCAGGUGAUCAAAAACGACAGUCUUGCUAAGGAGACAAAAUUAUUGCAAGAUAAACACGAGAAGCUGCUAUCUGUAAUAAAGAAGAUCAUAUACAUAUUUUACGGAUUCAACCUAUUUGAUGCAUUCUUCAUAUAUAUACCGCACCGCAGUGACGUCAACAAUAAUCAUUAUUCUAUGACUUCUUGCGUUGGUCUGGAGCCUCUUACGGCUACACCAAAUAGACAAAUUUGCAGACUAAUCCUUGCACUCCAAGAGGUGACGAUAAUGACUGCAGUUCUCAAUUACCAAACUCUUUUGUUAUUUUUGAUUGCACACACAGCGGCAAUGUACCGUAUGCUAUCGGAAGAAAUGUUGUCAUUUGAUAAAUUGAUUAACGCUUCGGAGGUUUUUGAGAAUGCAGUAUACAGUUGUGGUUGGGAGAAGUUUGACCUGAAAGAGCAGAAGACGAUAUAUGUAAUGUUGUUGCAAGCUCAAAAGCCUGUAACGCUUUUGGCUGCGGAUAUUAUUCCAGUCAAUAUUUCAACUUUCGCAACAACAAUCCAGGCUAUGUUCAAAUUUGUAACUGUUGUAAAACUAUAA